CUCUCCAUCAGCACGGUCUGUUGCUCUAUCCCAGUCUCUCUCGCUCUCUCCGUACAUUACCUCCCCACUUUUCUUCCUCUGCCUAGUGGACUUUGUUUUAUACAGCGACGUCAAUUUUCAUUGGAUAAAGCAGUGGCAUGAGUGCCAGGAAUAUUGAGGUGCUGGUUUCUCCGCGUCGUUAUUUUUUUAUAUUUUUUAGCCAUUGACAACUUGUUUAUUUUUUAGCGCAGUGGUAGUCCACGGCGCCGGCUGGAUCCAACCAGUAGUGUUUACAUUCCUUUACACUACCGUAAACUGUAAGAGGUUUUGCUUUAUGAAUGAACAACGAGAAGGAAAUAGACCGGAUUGUGAAACUCUCCAACCGCGGUCGCGGGGAGCGAGUCGCCGAUAUGAGGGAUUAACGUCCCCAUACUCGGGACUCAUUGCGGAAAAGCCUCUCACUGCGGACCCAUGUGAAAACGCACGGUGGGAGAACGUGUUCAAGGCAUUGACCAGCAGAAACCCGUGGUGACCAUGUCCAUUCAUAUUGUUGCGCUGGGCAGUGAGUGCCCCGGGGGAGUGGGGCCAGGAGAAGAGGCCAUGGGUCAGGGCCAGCUCCAGGGGGGCCUGCUGUGGAGUUAUUUGGGCCACGGCGCCAUGGCCGGAGGGCCUGAGGAGAGCAGCCUGUCCAACCCGGCCUUCAUGGAGUACACGUCCCACGUUUUUGGAGACGUCACUGUGGUUGUGCAGGACUGCCCUAGCUGGGAUCUGUUGGACAGUGACUGGGCCAGUGUGCGGAGCGUUCUAGAACAGGCUGACAUCCUGGUCAUCAAGUACUCGAUCAACGACAAGCUGGCCUUCCAGCAGGUGCGCAACGGAUAUGCCCCUAGACUCCGCCCCCUGCUACGUCACUGGGGCGUGCCCGUCAUUUUGGUUGCUGUYGGCGCCCGCCUAAACGAUGAGGGGCCCCCCUGCACAUGCCCCCUGUGUGCAUCAGACUGGAGCAGCUGUGUCCCCCAUAGUGAGGGCCUGCAGCUCUCUAGGGACCUGGGGGCCACUUACCUGGAGCUGCCCUCCCUGAACCAUGUCUUUGUGGGUCGCUACUUUGGCAGCGUGCUGGAGUACUUCAUGAUUCAGUGUUUGAAGCAGAAGGCCAAAGAGAGGCCGGAGAAGAGGCGGGGCAACAAGCUGAAUGAGCCCCACCCCCCUCAUCUGGAACAGCCAGCGCGUCUUCCCCCCAUCCGAGUGGAGGAGUCCAGCUUCUCUAAGGAUCUACAGUGGCUGCUGGAGCGUGGCGGCCAGUUCGCCGACGUCGCCUUCUACUCCGGGGACUCUGGCAAGGAACUGGGCUGGGGGCACGCCGCUGUGCUAUGUGCUGUCAGUCCCUAUUUCAGACAGCUGCUGCUGGGCCCUAAGGCCAGGGAGAGGCCCAUAUCGCGCUGCGCCUGCCGGGGGGAUGGAGGCCCCCCAUCGCUGCUCUCCACCUGGGAUGGGGGCCUGGGCAUGGAGGACGGGUCGCGGCCCGACGGGCAUCUGGCCGGACGGCUAUCGCGCCUGGUGGUGAAGGACCCACUGCUGUGCCUGUGUCUAUGGGAGACACUCAUGUUCCUCUACCGAGGGGCGUGGGAGUGGGAGCACCUCCAGGAGGCCGUGGGGGAGAAGCUGAAGAACUCUCUGGCUGUGGCUCAACUCAUGGACCGCAUCCGCUCCUUCCUGGGCAGAGACAAGGGCUCCAGGGAUACGCCUAACGCUCGGCCCGCCCAGCUUGGUCCUCAGUCUCUGGUCAACCUCUUCAACUCUCCUCUCUACUCUGAUGUCAUCUUCAUGGUGCAAGGCAAUGUGUUACCAGCUCACCGGGCGGUCCUGGUGGCUCGCUGCGAUGUCAUGGCGGCCAUGUUCAGCGGGAAGUACGCGGAGGCACGGAGUCGGGUGGUGCCCAUCCACGGAGUCUCCUCUGACACCUUCCUCUCCUUCCUGGAGUACCUCUACACUGACACCUGCUGUCCUGCCAGUGUGUUGCAGGCCAUGGCCGUGCUGGUGUGUGCAGAGAUGUACCAGGUGAAGCGCCUGCAGCACCUGUGUGAGGUGUGUGUGUGCGCCUACCUCCAGAGCAUGCCUAGCCGAGAGCUGGCAUCAACCGGCAUCAGUGUGAUCCGGCUUCUCCGUAGGGCUAAGUGCCACAACGCAGAGCAGCUGUACGUAUGGCUCCUCCACUUCAUAGCCAAUAACUACCUAAUCUUCAGUCACAAGCCCGACUUCCUGGAGCUCUCAGAGGAGGAGCGGGAACAGGUGGAGAGACUGCGUUGGCCUUCCCGAGGUUACCUUCAAGAACUGAGCGAGUACCAGCAGCGCCGACGCAAACUCAAGAAGUCCCGCUGCCUCGUCAUGUGACA